AUGUCACCAGAAGAAGCUGAAGCGUAUAUGAAAGAAAAUGAAUUCACUAGUAUGCUGCCAAAAAUUAUUCGAGUCGGUUAUCAAACUUUGCAAUUACAAUAUUUCUUCACAUGUGGUAAAGAUGAAGUGAAAGCAUGGACUGUCCAGAAAGGUUCAAAAGCUCCUCAAGCUGCUGGUCGAAUACACACAGAUAUGGAACGUGGCUUUAUAAUGGCUGAAGUUAUGUCAUAUGAAGAUUUUAAAACAGAAGGUUCAGAGGCUGCAGUCAAGGCUGCUGGGAAAUACAAGCAGAAAGGAAGAGACUACGUUGUCGAGGAUGGGGAUAUUAUACUGUUUAAAUUCAAUGCUGGUGCUGGUCUACAAGCAAAGAAAAAAUGA